AUGGGUCGAAAACUCAGCAGGCCACGAGUUGCACUCUCCUACAUUCUCUACGCACCAACCGAAGCAGCGAUCAUCAUCCCCCCUGUCAUGCGAGGCCAUCGCUAUGUUCACCAGCAACUGGUCAGACAGAGCAUCCUCAAAGUCAAGCCCUUCUGGGUGAAGCCGCUCCGGCCUCAACGACGUCCACGAGCGCUGACCGCGCCUCUGCCACCUCACCAUCCGGGGCUGCUAGUUGAGACAUGGGACUGGACAACAAACCGCAUCGCACCCCAAAGCACAUGCGCGCAGGAACACUGCCUCCUCGUCACGCGGGUGCCGCUAGACAUCCGAGUCAUGAUUUAUCGUGAGGUGCUGGAGGGACAAUUCUUUCACCGAAGCUCCGGCACCAACCACGCGCCCCCGAGGAAGUACAAAUGCCUUCGUCCCUGGCAGUACAUGGACGGCGUCCACGGAUCAUGCCACGGAUCGCAGCAACGCAUGCAGCUGCUUUCGCUGCCCUCGACGUGCCGCUUGAUCUACACCGAGACCAUCACUCGCCUCUACGCCGCGAACAAGUUCGACUUCACACAGUCCUUCUGCCUCCUGAACUUCCUCAACGCGCUCCCAAGCGCACGCUAUGCUGACAUCAGGCACUUGCAGUACUUCAUCGGCAUCGGCAGAGGCCUGGUAUCGGGCGGUGCGCCCCAGAUGCGCGACUGA